AUGAUUGAAUCCCUCAUCACCAUCGCAUUCUGCCUCUCAACCGCCCUGACCGUGGCCAUUCUGCUUCUCCCAUCCCAAUACAAGCCAACCUCCGACCCGAAGGAGAAACGGAGUGUGCAAAUUCUUGUCUUGGGUGAUAUAGGACGGAGCCCGCGCAUGCAAUAUCAUGCGCUGAAAUCCGAUCCUCACCCUGAUAUUGAAUCACACCCCGACAUCUCCAUUAUUCCUAUCCGUCCCCACCCCGCAUACCUUCAAACAAGUAAUAAACUCUUGUUUGUCAUCUACGGGCCACUGAAGGUGCUCUUCCAGGUCGCAUGUCUAUGGAAGUGCCUAGCAUAUACUUCCCCGCCAACAAGAUGGCUUCUAGUCCAGAACCCGCCUUCGAUUCCCACGCUAGCAGUCUCCUCGAUAACUUGUUUCCUACGACAAACGCGCUUGGUCAUCGACUGGCAUAAUUUCGGAUAUUCCAUCCUAGCAUUGAAGCUCGGCCCAACACACCCCCUUGUCAAGUUGUCGAUUUGGUAUGAGAAGACGUUCUGCAAGAUGGCUUCGGCCCACCUAUGCGUGACCGAUGCCAUGCGAUCCGUCCUCAAGAAGGACUUCCAGCUUCAGGCUCCCAUCCUGCCGCUCCAUGAUCGUCCUGCCAGUCACUUUCAGCCCAUCACUGACCCCAAAGCCCGCAACGAGUUCCUGGCGACUCUACCGGAGACAAAAGACGUGCGUCCCUUGUUAGAAUCGGGAUCACUUCGAGUCCUGGUCAGCUCGACUUCUUGGACCCCGGAUGAAGAUUUCUCGGUCCUUAUCGAUGCCCUGCUCCAGUAUUCGGAACAGGCCGUAGCCCAGCCACGCCUGCCGCAUAUUCUGGCUAUCAUCACGGGUAAGGGUCCGCAGAAGGAGAUGUAUUUGAAGAAGAUUGCCGCUCUGGAAACUGCCGGCAAGCUUAAAAAAGUCACCAUCCGCACGGCAUGGUUGACGGUAUCCGACUAUGCCCGUCUGCUCGCAUCGGCAUCUCUGGGAGUGAGUCUGCACACUAGCAGUAGCGGGGUUGAUCUCCCAAUGAAAGUUGUAGACAUGUUCGGUGCGGGCUUGCCAGUGGUCGGCUGGAGUCGAUUCGAGGCAUGGCCGGAGUUGGUGACCGAGGGUGUGAACGGGAUGGGAUUUGGCAGUGCGACGGAACUCUUAGACCGGUUGGUGGAGUUGUUUGACGAUGAUCAGAAACUGGCGAGUCUUCGGGCAGGUGCUCAGAAGGAGAGUUCCCGCAGAUGGGACGACGAGUGGGAUCCCAUCGCUGGGGCGCUUUUUGGGUUGACGUAG